AUGACUGGAAAGAACCAAACUUCAGUCUCAGAGUUCCUCCUCCUGGGCCUGCCCAUCCCCCCAGAGCACCAGCACCUGUUCUAUGUCCUGUUCCUGGCCAUGUACCUCACCACUGUCUUAGGGAACCUGCUAAUUAUUGUCCUUAUUCUACUGGACUCUCAUCUCCACACGCCCAUGUACUUGUUUCUCAGCAACUUGUCCUUCUCUGACCUCUGCUUUUCCUUUGUCACAAUGCCCAAGUUGCUGCAGAACAUGCAGAGCCAAGUUCCACCCAUCCCUUAUGCAGGCUGCCUGGCACAGCUAUACUUCUUUAUGUCCUUUGGAGACAUGGAAUCCUUCCUUCUUGUGGUCAUGGCCUAUGACCGCUAUGUGGCCAUCUGCUUCCCCCUUCAUUACACCAGCAUCAUGAGCCCCAAGCUCUGUGCUAGUCUAUUGCUGCUUUCAUGGAUGCUGAGCACAUUCAAUGCCAUGAUGCACACCAUGCUCAUGGCCAGAUUGUCUUUUUGUGAGAACAAUGUGAUUCCUCACAUUUUCUGUGACAUAUCUGCUCUUCUAAAGCUGGCCUGCUCAGACACUUAUGUUAAUGAGUUGAUGAUAUUUAUCAUGGGAUGGCUCAUGGUUAUUAUACCAUUACUACUCAUUGUUAUGUCCUAUGCAAAGAUUAUCUCCUCCAUUCUCAAGGUUCCAGCUAGCCAAGGCAUCUGCAAAGUCUUCUCCACCUGUGGCUCCCACCUGUCUGUGGUGUCUCUGUUCUAUGGGACAGUCAUUGGUCUCUACUUAUGUCCAUCAGCUAAUAACUCUACUGUGAAGGAGACUGUCCUAGCCAUGAUGUACACAGUGGUGUCUCCCAUGCUGAACCCUUUCAUCUACAGCCUGAGGAACAGAGACAUGAAGGGAGCCUUAAUAAGAGUUAUCUGCAGUAAGACAAUCUCUUUGUAA